ACCCUUUUUUUUUUCUGAAUCACAACUUUUUCAUUAACUUAAGAUAGGUGGGAGCAUUAAAGUAUUCCUCAACAACUACAGCAUUCUUUGCUAUCAAGUCUUCAACUACAUUUUGAUCACGAUCCAAUAGAAAGAGAAAUCAUCAAUGCAAGAAACACCAUAGAGGAUGCAUGUCCUCCACAAUUCCAUAAAUUUCUUUGAGAGAGCUCUCUCCUUUGAUGGCCUUGAUGAGCUGUGUCGAAUCUGAUUCAAACCUGACGGACCUGCAUUAUUGAGUUAUCUGCAGAGUUGCAAAACCUUGGAGAGUUUUUUUUUAACCCUUAAAAAGCAAACAAUACGUUUUGAAAAGAAGUCUUCUGUUGUGAAGUACAAACCUCCACACAAGAUGUUGUCCCGACAACAAGAAACGCUUUUUCUUACAAAGAAGUUAGAUCAAGAACCUUGUCAAGACAUCAUAUUUAGGUCUAAACUUCCUGAUAUCUUCAUCCCAAACCACCUUUCUCUCACUGAUUACGUCUUUCAGAGAUUCUCCGGCAACGGAGACGGCGAUUCCACCGCCACAUGUCUCAUCGACAGUGCCACCGGCCGUAUCUUUACCUACGCCGAUGUACAAAUCAAUUCACAGCGAGUCGCAGUCAGCAUCCAUCGGCUAGGGAUCCGCCAACGUGACACCGUGAUGCUCCUUCUACCGAAUUCACCGGAGUUUGCUUUCUCCUUCCUUGCUGUGGCUUACCUCGGAGCCGUCACCACCACCGCCAAUCCGUUAUACACGCAGGCUGAGAUCGCAAGACAGGCAAACGCCUCCGCCGCGAAGAUGAUCAUUACGAAGCAAUGUUACGUCGAUAAACUUAUAAACUUGCAAAACGACGGCGUUCUGAUAGUUUGCGUGGAUGAUGAAAACGGUACCGUUGCGUUAGCUGACGGUUGCGUUAGUUUCACGGAACUAACUCAAGCUGAUGAAACAGAGCUUCCUAAACCGGAGAUCUCGCCGGAUGACACGGUUGCGAUCCCGUACUCCUCCGGGACCACGGGGCUUCCAAAGGGCGUAAUGAUCACUCACAAGAGCUUAGUUACGAGCAUCGCUCAGAAAGUCGACGGAGAAAACCCUAACCUCAACUUCACGGGAGAUGACGUCAUCAUCUGUUUCCUCCCGAUGUUUCACACGUACGCGUUCAACGCGUUGAUUCUUUCGGCGAUGAGGACGGGUGCGGCGGUCUUGAUCGUGCCGAGGUUCGAGUUGAAUCUGGUGAUGGAGCUGAUUCAGAGGUACAAAGUCACGGUGGUUCCGGUGGCUCCUCCGGUGGUUUUGGCGUUUGUUAAGUCUCAAGAAACGGAGAGAUAUGACCUGAGUUCCGUGAGGAUGAUGAUUUCAGGCGCGGCUACGCUUAGGAAGGAGCUUGAAGAAGCCGUGCUCCUCAAGUUUCCCAAUGCCAUAUUUGGUCAGGGUUACGGAAUGACUGAGUCAGCAACGGUGGCUAAGUCAUUGUCAUUUGCAAAGAACCCAUUUAAAACUAAGUCCGGGGCGUGUGGGACUGUCAUCAGAAAUGCUGAUAUGAAAGUGGUGGAUACAAUUACGGGGGUCUCUUUACCGCGUAACAAAGCUGGCGAAAUCUGCAUCCGAGGCGAUCAACUCAUGAAAGGUUAUUUGACUGAUCCGGAAGCUACUGCAACAACCAUAGAUAAAGACGGGUGGUUACACACAGGAGACAUUGGGUAUGUGGAUGAUGAUGAUGAGAUAUUCAUUGUCGAUCGAUUGAAGGAACUCAUAAAAUUCAAAGGCUAUCAAGUGGCUCCAGCUGAACUUGAAGCAUUGCUUAUUUCUCAUCCUUGUAUUGAGGAUGCUGCCGUUGUCGCAAUGAAGGAUGAAGUUGCUGGUGAGGUUCCGGUAGCAUUUGUAGUUAGCUCGGAAGGGUCUCAGCUAACUGAAGAUGAUGUCACGAGUUAUAUCUGCAAACAAGUGGUUCAUUACAAGCGAGUUAAGAUGGUGUUCUUCACUGACUCUAUUCCCAAAGCACCAUCAGGGAAGAUAUUGAGGAAGGAUCUAAGAGCAAGACUAGCUAAUGGACUGAUGAACCUAAGUUAAAAUUGUCAAAUGUGUUAUCUUAUCAUACACGCAAACAAAAAAAUUGUUGAUAAACAAAGAAUAUUAAAUCACUCAACACUACAAGAAAAAUCGGUAUUAGUAGCAUCCGAAAAACGCUAUCAUAUCGUUUUUGUAGCGUUUCGAAGAACGCCGUGACAGCCGCAGCUAUAAUAGACCCCCCACAUAUCAUAGCGUUUUUUUGUGUGCUAUAAUAAAUAGACAUAUUGUAGCGUUACUCGUCUACUACUGAUUAAUCUUUUUAUAGCAUUGGUUUAGUGAUAUAAUGUAUCUUUUCAUGACGUUUCUAAAAUACUGUAAAAUAUGUUAUAAUGACAUGGAUACAAUGCUAUGUUAUUAUUUCUCAUUCAUAUUUUAAAAUUAUUAUUAAAAUUAUAAAUUAAUAUAUUUUAAUCCACGUUUAAAAUUAAAAUUAAAUUCUAAUAUAAAUGGUUUGAGAAUAAAAUUAUUUAUUAUUAAAAUUUUGGUUUACAGAUGAUAUCGGUUUAUUACAAAAACCGGUUUACAGCCAAACCCGGUUUAUUAACUAACCCUAACCAAACCUAACUAAACCACGUUCUUCUUCAAUCUCCGGCGCACUCCUUGUUGACGCCAAGACCACCAGCCACGAUCACCACGGUAAAGAUUUUUCAGUCUCCUCAACCGCGCUCAGCCACCAUUGUCGACGCCGAGACCACCACUGUUGAUGCCGAGACCACCACCAUCAAGUUUCUUCAGCCUCCUACGCCUUCUUAAACUAAGAGCAGAUAAACAAAACCAGAAUCAGAGCAGUGAGAGAGAGAGAAAGGGAGUUCGAGAGAGAGUGAAAGAAGGAGACCGACGAAAAUGGAUCUGAGAUGCGAUGGUGUGGUGGUUGUGAUGAGCGGAUGUACAAUCAUUUUCUCCAACCUCUCAUGUGUUGAAUCGACCCUACAAACAAAACAAAUAAAAUCAGAUUUAAACUGACAGAGAGAGAGAGAGAGACAGAACCAGCGGUCGUCGUCGUCCUGCCUGGUUUGAAUAAUCUGCUUUUUUGAGAUGUGUCGUAUGUGAGAGAAAGAUUACGAGACUGAGACACAGAAACGUGUCUGUGUGAGAUGAAUCUUGUUCGUGAGUGAGGGGAGUAGAGAGAGAGAGAGAGAGAGAGAGAGAGAGAGAGAGAGAGAGAGAGAGAGAGAGA